GGCUCCCUAAUAGAUUUGGAAAUCAGGAUUUCUUCCUCUUCCAGAAGGAAGACCGGGAGAGAACAGCACAACACAGUCCUGACUUUCCAGGCCCAAGUUCUUUUAGAAAGUUUGGGUGGCACAUACUUCGAAGCCAAGCUAGGAAUACUUUGCAGUACACAGGUGAUUCUGACAAAUGUUUUGUUUAAGUAGGUGACAGGCAGCCACAUUCUAUUAGAUUUGAAGAGCCAUUUAGUUCCUUUUAUGCUGUUUCCUUAUCAGUCACAAAUGAACUAGUAAUGGUGUUUACUUAAAGGGUUUCUGAGCGUUCAGGAGGUGCGUUAACAGCAUAGGAAACCAAUCCCUCCAAUUUGUUCCCUCUGGGACUCUUUAACAAUGUCAUUCACUGCAUUUCCAGAGGAACUCUUGGAAGUACUUUUGUCAUGCUUGAAGAAGGGUAAGUGUGUAGGGUCUUAAGGAACACCAGAAAAUCGACUACUUCCUGUGACUUAAGACUGAGACGUUACCUUGGAACACAGUCGACAGGUUUACUCAACAGUGUGGUGCCAGCUCAUGCCAAAAGUCCUCGGAGCUAACGCCCCGUGACCCAUGGACCCUGAUAUCAUGAACUCUAUUCUGUACUUUGGGCAUAAUGUCAACUACAUUGCUUGGCUCUUUUCUGUUAACAGUUCUGCUCUUUCUCCAGCUCCGGUUUGACUGCCUCAGACUCAAAGCAACUGACUCCACCCCGACUUUAAAAAACAAAAAACAAAAACAGACAAAUGCCAACUCUGAUUUUAUUAUAUUUUAUUUUUUUAAGCUUCCUGCUAAAGACUAACUGUAUGGUUUUACCAUUUUUAUCCAUGGCGCGUAUUUCUCUUGCCCUUUGCUAACCCUAUUAGAUUGUUUGCCUAGUAGCAUCCCCUGCCUCUGCCUGGCUGUUGGAGGCCUUUACUCGCAGCCUUGGAUGCCAUGUAGGUUUUCUGUAACCGAAGUGCAGCUUGUUAGUGCUCUUUGCAUAUGGCCAAGCCAACAAGUCUAGUGUCUUCCACCCAGUUAAUCAAAAAGAUGGCUUAGGGUUGUCAACAGAGUUGGAUUCUGUGGGCUUCAGGAAGAGAAAUGAAAGAGAAAAGAAAAGGAAUUAAGGGAGAAAAUAGUACACAUACAAAAUUACAAGCAGUCCAUUAGCUCUCAUUACAACUUCACUGAAUAUCAGCAGUAAUCCAUGCAAUAAAUAUAUCGGCCCCUAAUGGUGAAUCCUCCUUCUAGUCUGACUACUGUCAGAAACCUAUCAUAGCUUUCUCCAUCCGGAUUGAUCUUCUCUAUUUUUUUUUCCUAUGUUGGCUUCUUGUUCACAAUUCCAUUUGGCAAAGAAUAAGGAGUUCUCUUACUAAAACAACCAGAAAUCAGUGUUUUACAUGAAUGAUGCAGAGGUUCUAAAGACACAGAGUUAAAACCAGGAAAGUUCUGCACAGCAGCCUGGUCUUUGGAGGCUAUAUCUAAAAAUGACAAUUUGUGAUUGGUAUGCCAUAUCAUGUAGGGACAAAUGACAGCAGCUGGUAUAAAUAACUAUUGCAUAUUGGUUAUUUGACUAAAUAAAUAUUCCUGUGAUCUUCAGAAAGCAGCAAGACUUUUAUAGGUUACUGAAGACCCUCCAGAAACCCCCACUUAGUGUGUUUUAAUCUGGUUAUUGCAGUUCUAUGGAAUGAACUUGAAGCUGACCAAACUCAAAUUCCCCCAAAUCAGAUGCCGAGGCAAAGUUACAUGACUGAGUGAACUGAGGAAGUGCUGGGGUGUGUGUGUGUGUGUGUGUGUGUGUGUGUGUGUGUGCAGUCCUGCCUGUAUAGGUUAUAAAUCACAAGUUUGCCCACACAAAAGCAAGGAAGCUAUUCCUUCAAGGCCUUGUAUCAACAAGUCCUUGGUCCAGAGCUGUGCUGGGAGGCCAACUUGACAAUUAUUUAUGCAGCCUUUACCAAAAGAAGCAAGGGAGGCCCAGAAGCCAUUGUGGAGACCUCCAAAUCGCCUAUGGAGUGUAAGGCUUUAGAUAUAAGCAUAAAGGCCAUGCCUCAGACAUGGUGGGAAUGGAAAAAAGAAUCUACAGGUCUAAGUGAAUUACUGACAGGAUUAUCACAAGCUCACUUUGGUCUUGAAUCUUCUCCAAGCUCCUGUGCCCACUUGUGUGUGGGUGCACAAGCAUGCCAUGUUCUCUGUUCUUCGGUAUAUGUGGUAGACAGAUGUGUAAAGGGUUUCGUGUGAGUCGUGGUGUAUUUUACACUGUACUUAGCUUUUAUUAUCAUCAAUAUUGUGUCUUUCUGUCUGUCUUUUAGUAAAUGCCUUUACCCACUGAGUCAUCCCACCAGCCCCAUUGUGUAUUUUCUUCAGUGUAUCUUUGUCAUUUUAGUUAAGGUGUGUGAUCCAAGUCUUCCUGGGCUCUGUCUGUCCUUAUUUUACUGCAUAUAGUUUUGCCUCACAUGGCAAUAAUGAUUGGCCAAUCUCUAUUGCUAUAUGAGGCAUAUCUAUGUCUAUGGAGGUAUUUAUCUAGAUUAGGGAUUUAGUUCGUCUUAUGGUUUAGGUACAGAAUGAAUAGCUCAAAUGCGGAAGGCUGAUCCCCAGCUGCUGCGGCUGUUGGGUAGUGAUUAGUUGUGAAUGUUCACACCUCAUGAAUGGACUGAGUGGGUUCACAGCUGAGUGGCUUCUUAGGAAGUAGGGCCUGGUGGGAACAAGUGCAUCACUGGGGGUGUGCCAUCAAGGAUACAUCUUGCCACUGACUUUUUCCACUUUGUCUACUUCUUGGCCAUGAAGUGAGGUUUUUGCCUUGCCAUGGCUGCUACCAUAACACUUCUGUCUCAACACAGACCCACACACACUAGCAGAGCCAGCUCACCAGACACUGAUGGCUCUGAAAUUAUGACCCAAAAUAGAGCUGUCUUCCUGCAGGUGUUUUGCUUAACAUGUGUGUUGCUUUCUAAUCACAGUGGAAGGUAGCUAACCACUGCUACAGAGCCUUAGUUGGACUUUGGACUGGAUGACUCCAGGGUUUGCAAUUCACACAAUAAACAAUAGAUGAGAGUCAGAAGAUGCCAAGCUAACCUUGAGGGCUGUCUGUCUUGGCUGAUCAAAGACAUUGUUCUUGUCAGGGAGAGUAUCACACAAGUUUUCACCAGCCAUGGCCCCACAGGAACACUGACUUUAUAAAGAUCUACACUGUCCAGCACGUGAAUGUUGUUAGCUCACAUUAGCCAUUGCAAAAACAGAUAUUCCUAUGGUGACUUUUUAGUAGUCCUUCAGGUCUUUCCAGUUCUGAUCAAUUCUCAGUCUAGCUUUAUGACGGAGUUAUAUCUGUUUAUAAGAGGAAUAGGCUUGUUCAGGAGCCAUAAUAUGCAUUCCUUUCCACUCCCUCCCUGUAUGGAAAAGAUACAUUGUAUUUUAUAGCAUCUCAGCAUGCUGCCCUCUCGAUUUCUUGGCUUUCCUUUUCCUUUGCCUCUCCACUGGUUGGUAAAGAGGAAGCACUUCACCAGGAUAGCUCAUGGUUGUUUCACAUUGUUGUCCCAUGCCAGCUGACAUUCUAAUUCAUUGACAUGCUAACAGAAUAACAGUCUGGGACAGUGUGCCCUUUGGGGACUUUGUAAACAGGGUUCCGUUAUUUUACCUUUGUAUGUUUCUGUGGAACUAUCUAUUGCCAGGCUGGUAUCACCUUCCUUAUGAAGAACGACUUAGUUCUCUGCCAGAUGCUUGAACAACUCUCCUUCAUCUUAGAUUUCCAUAAUUAAAUAGAUAUAUUCACAUGUCAUGUAUGUAGAACUCAGUUUUUCUUAAAAUGUUAUCUCCCUUGUUUUUCUGGUAGGAUUUCUGCAAAAUUUUCAUGCACACAUGCACACACAGACACACACAGACACACACACACACACACACACACACACAUCUUACACCUUAAAUUCUUUUUUCUCUAAAUUCUAUUCCAAUUUUGUACUUUCCAUAUUAAAUACUUUGGUUCCUUUAUAUUCCUGUCAGCACUUUACUGACUUUGACAUGGCUUUAUCUCUCCAUUAGCCUUGACUCUGACCACCAAGUGGUCCUUCUACAUACCUAGUAUGUUAUUGUGUAUUGUGUUAUAUCUAUAGAGUACUGCUCAUCACAAUUAAUGUAAUGUCUUACAUAAUGUCCAUAAUUAGUUUCUAAGUUUGAAGUCUUUCAUUGCAGAAAGCACAAUGUUCAGUCUUUCUUAUCUGUCACCUAUUUGAGACCAUUUAUCUGUACUAUGUCCCUCUAAACACCUUUUAGUAAUUUUUUUCAUUAAUCCUCUUUGGUAUGCUUGCUCAUCUCCUAGUGACACUCCCCUGGUACGUUUUCAUUCUCUAUUUUCACUUUUUAAACAUGUAUGAAUAACAUUGUCUCUAUUGCUAAUUUCUUCUGUGAAUCCAGUUUGUCUAGUAAAAUGUCCAAUUGGAGUUGUACUUUUUCAUUUUGGAAGAGGUGAGAGAAUCAAAUACUACAGGAGAUCCUUUAGUGGCAUGUCUUCUACAUGGAAGUUGUUGCUCUCCUUCUUUGGUGGCAUCCACAUUAAGACUGCCACUUUCUUUUCCUGCCUUUAGUCCCUGUUGUAGUUGUUACCUCAAAGAAGGCCACUGCACAUACCACUUUCCAUGUGUAGUCUGUAUUUAGGUAGUAACCAGGGAUGUGAGGCAUGCUUCAUCCCUCCUUGCUGUUCCUAUGGCAACUAAUGGUGUGGGUUGUAGCUUCUAGGCUCUGUACUUAUGAGGACAUCCAGGUACUUCUGGAAGUCCAAACAUAGAAACUAUCAUGGUGCUCCCUCCUAUCCCUCAACAUUCUCCUUUCUGUAAGUUUCCCUGUGUAGCUCAGAUAUUCACUUUUCAAUGUAGUCUUCUCUCCGUGUUUGUGAUGUUCUGUGAUUGCUCAUAAUGUACGCUACAGAUAACUACUCCUUUGCUUUCAAGAAAUGUAAUGUUAAUUUAGCAUCUUACAUUCACUUGGGGUUUAUAUUCUAUGACAAGUAUGGGACAGUCAGGAAAAUUAGUGGGGGCUGGUUUUCUCCUUCCACAUUCUAAGUUAUGGGGAUCAAAUUCAGGUUGUCAAGCUCAGAAUCCAAUGCCCCAUUGUCUCUAAGCCAUCCUCCCAAACCAUGUCAUAUUUCAUUUUUAAACAGUGCUUCUCUGAGUUUGGACCAGGAAGAAGAAACAUUCUAAUACUUUUAAAUAAACGACAACAACCUGCUUUGAACUAAGAAGUCUCAAAAGAUCUAAGUAUGUUUACCAGCCUUACCUAGGUCUUGUCUGUCCUGAUGACCAGACUGAAGGAAGGCUCCAUCCUUGCAUAGCGUCUCUGUGAGCUACAUGUGAAUCUAUAGUAUUCCCUUCAUCUUCUUCCAUACCUACUACUCCUCAAGCACCCACAGAAUUUUCCCUUGAGCCCCAUCAUUAUCAAUAUACAAUUGAAAUAUAUUUAGUCACAGAAUACCCAGGUAUGUUUUUCUUACAACAUAUAGCUAGUAUUAAGCCCCUAGCCAAAAACUGACUUAAUUGUAAUGAAUCUACAGUUACUAAAUCUAAAUUCCAACUCAAAAAUUAAUCUUCAAACAAAAACCAAAACCUGACUGUUGCUUAUGCCAAUAUUUCUGUUAUUUCACUGCAGUGUCUGGAAUUUGUUUCCAGGUGUGUCUCUUUCAGUCUCUUCCUCUGUGGAUCAUCAUUGUUUCACACUUUUCCCCCAAUUCUGGGAAACCAUGGACAUCGAAGCGUACUUUGAAAGAAUUGGUUAUCAGAGCACCAGGAGCAAACUGGACUUGAAAACAUUAACCGAAAUCCUUCAGCACCAGAUACGGGCUAUUCCCUUUGAGAAUUUGAACAUCCAUUGUGGGGAAUCCAUGGAACUGAGUUUAGAAGCCAUCUUUGAUCAAAUUGUGAGGAAGAAGCGGGGUGGAUGGUGUCUCCAGGUUAAUCAUCUGCUGUACUGGGCUCUGACCAAACUGGGCUUUGAAACCACAAUGCUGGGAGGAUAUGUCUUUAACACUCCAGCCAAUAAGUACAGCAGUGGCAUGAUUCACCUUCUAGUUCAGGUCACCAUCAGUGGAAAGGACUACAUUGUUGAUGCUGGGUUUGGACGUUCCUACCAGAUGUGGGAGCCUCUGGAAUUAACAUCUGGAAAGGAUCAGCCUCAGGUGCCUGCCAUCUUCCGUUUGACAGAGGAGAAUGGAACCUGGUACUUGGACCAAAUCAGAAGAGAGCAGUAUGUUCCAAACCAAGAAUUUAUUAACUCAGAUCUCCUUGAAAAGAACAAAUACCGAAAAAUCUAUUCCUUUACUCUUGAGCCCCGAACUAUUGAAGAUUUUGAGUCCAUGAAUACCUACCUUCAGACAUCACCAGCGUCUGUGUUUACUAGCAAAUCAUUUUGUUCCCUGCAGACCCCAGAAGGAGUUCAUUGUUUGGUUGGCUCCACCCUCACUUAUAGAAGAUUUAGUUACAAGGACAACGUCGAUCUUGUAGAGUUUAAGAGUCUGACUGAGGAAGAAAUAGAAGAUGUACUGAGAACUAUAUUUGGGGUUUCUUUAGAGAGAAAACUUGUGCCUAAACAUGGUGAUCGAUUUUUUACCAUUUAGAAUAUGUAAAGUUUUGGUGUCCUUCCAUGUACUUGGAAUUUUUAUGAUAAGAUAUUCAAACUGGUGACAUGAUCAUACUACUGGUGGUCAUGUUGAUGUGUGCUAGGAAAUACCCAGCAUUGGCUUACAGCUAAAUUUAUAUAGAAUUUGUGCUAAUUGUUAAGUAAAAAGAAUAGUGUGAAAAGCAUUCCCAUUAAAUUCAACCAGCAUUAUCCCAUAUCAAAUUUUUAUGACUUAUUACCUGUACAAUUUAGGAUUUGGAUUCAACAAAGAAGAAUGAGAAGUGUAUGUGAUUAGGGCCCAAGAAAACCAGUCACACAGCUAAUUAUUUCUUUCUGUGUUGUUUUUAUAUCUACUUUUUUUAUAUACUAUUUUUUCUUACUGUGGGAACAAACACCAAUUGAGUAAGUUGAGCUUGAUUUUAAAAAUGUAAGUCUAAAUUAAUAAAAAUGAAAUAUAUAUCUAAAACUCAUUUUCAAAGUGGUAUAUUGAAACAUGUUGACUAAUAUGUGAAUUAAAGGUUUUGUCUGUA